UCAUCGUCUCUUAUCUCCACAAGACUACAGUGAUUUUGAAACUUUCCGAGGAGUCACAUGGCUCUCUCUUCCAUGGCUUUCACUGCAGUUCUCUCUCAGAGCUCUUUCUCAUGCCUCUCUCGGUUCCCUCCUACCUCAAGAAGAAACCCUCUUCGCUUGCAGUCAAUUAGAGCCGUAAAAGCCGCGGAACCAGGUGAGGAAAAGACUACGCAGACAAAGAGCGAAGAAGAGUCUUCCUCUAAUGCCCAACCCUCAACAAAACCUUCUAAGCUCCCCAAAAAGCCUGUAUAUUCGAUGAAGAAAGGUCAGAUUGUGAGGGUGGACAAGGAGAAGUAUCUCAAUAGUGUUAAUUAUCUAUCUGUUGGGCAUCCACCUUAUUACAAAGGCUUGGACUACAUUUAUGAAGACCGUGGUGAGGUCUUGGAUCUACGUCUUUUUGAGACGGGAGAGUAUGCUCUUAUUGCAUGGGUUGGUAUCCCAACUGCACCAGCUUGGCUUCCAACAGAUAUGCUUAUCAAGUCGGAUAAACUCGAUUACGAGAGAAUGUGAUCUACAUUCCAAGAUCCUAAUUCUAUGGCAUCGCUCGCUAUGUGGAGAGUACAACAUGAGAGUUUCUUGGUUUCUGAUUCCCAUCUGGAACUGUUUCUGUAUCUUUUGUACAUCAAUGUUUUGCAAGAAAAAGACGAUGAUCUCUUGGGUAAA